AUGAAUAUGACCGAUCACUUUAGUAGCAACUCUCAACCCAAUUCUCCAUAUCAACCUCAACAACAACAUCAGGAAAGAAGACCCUCACUUAUUGACCCAACAUCCAACAGAACAUUGUAUCCUCUGUCUUCAUUCCGUCAUCCGCAUCAUCACACUGCUGGUUAUUCAGAUAGUGCACAUUCAAGCCCUUCAAACUCACGCCGAGGCUCACUGACUGACCCAGCGUUGCAUUCAUCUUCUUUCCGUCCUAAUCAUUCACUCUUAUCGUUCAACUCUUCUUCUCCUCCAUCUUCUCCUUCAUCUAGAAGAUCAUCGAUGGUAACUACACCUGAGCAUCUUCCUUCAUUGCCGCAGCUUCCAACCCCGCCUACAUCUACAACGACCUCUCCCUGGCGAAGAGAAUCACUGCCUUCAAUUACACAUUUAACAAGCACUACUACAUCCUACAGACCUUCUACUGCUGAUUAUCAGUUCAAACAGAUGCACAUGAUGGUGGAUGAUCACCGUCGCCAUUCGAUUGCUAUGGGAUCUUCUUCUGCUUUCAAUGGAGUCAACAGCAGACAUAACUCUAUAUCUAGCUCGGGCAUGGAGGAAGACAUGAUUAUCACAGCAGCAGGGGGAGAGGAUGAAAGACCCGUCGUCUCAAGGAGAGGUAGUGAAACACCUUACAGUCGAUCUCCAGAACUUCGAAUAAGUCACAAGCUAGCGGAAAGAAAGAGAAGAAAGGAGAUGAAGGAUUUGUUUGAUGAUUUAAGAGACUUACUACCAGUGGAUAAAAACCUAAAGACGAGUAAAUGGGAGAUUCUGAGCAAAACUUUGGAAUACAUUCGUAUACUGCAUCAAAGAGAGAGUAUCAUGGAGAAGGAGAAGGCUGACUUAAUCAAUGAAUUGAACGCACUGAAGCGAUGA